AUGGUGAGCGGGCAGCUCUUCCACUUCAGGAAGCACUCAUGGCCACCGGAUGAGUACGUAACCCGGGCGACGUUGCAAUUGGUGAGCUCCUUUUCUCUUGUUAGUGCCCUCUGGGACUUGUUCGUUGUGUUUGUGAAACUAGAUGAGCAUGAUUAUUCUGUUUUACCGUCAAUCUACCUGCUUUCUUUUCUUUGGGUGAUGAGAAUGUAGAACGAAUAUUGGACACAUAAGGUCCAUCGCCUCUGUAGACUGUAAUUUUUCUUCCCCGGGAGUUUAUUACCGUCCUGAUCCCCUCCUGGAGUCUAGUGCCGUACAUUCGAGAAACUCCAGCAGGCGUGAAUCUUUGUAGGUGUUCUCCGUCAAACUAGUUUCCUUUUUUUAUCCUUUUAGGUGUUCUCGUUCUGCUAAUUCUCAAGUUUAGUUUCAAUGUGAAACUUACAUUCAUUUUCUGCACACGGUUUACUCCCAUUUAUAUCAAAUGAAAAAUAAUUGUUCAAUGAAUUAUCCUGUCGGAUAAAAUCUUCCCAUCACGACUCUCCUCAUGAAUUGUUGGAUACCUGAAUGAACAUGUGGUUGCCUUCUCGACUCUAUUCACAUACACCUUCAGUAAUCUAUCUGAUGCCAUUUAAUUUUACUCUAUCACAGUUGGACUUUGAUGGUGGUGCUCCACCAGAACAGGCAUGGAGAAGGCGCUUGAACAGCCAUGCUAAUUUAUUGAAAGAAUUCAGUGUAACAUUUAUGGAGGCUAUUAGAAUGGUACGUCAAUCAUUAGACAUCUAGCGCAGUGGAUGUUUGAUGGAGAAAAAUUACAUUCACACGUGUCUCUUGAUAUUUAUUGAUUGACUGACAUUUGUUGGUCUUGUUUCUAAGAUUCGGCUUGGAGUCCGUUUGUGGUCAUAUGUUCGGGAAGAAGCUUCUCAUGGACGGGUAUUUUUUCAAUAUUAAUCUCUGUAAUUUUAUUUUUCUUUUGAAAUGUUUUUGUCUGACCUUUCAUUUAGCGCUCAAUUGUUCCCUUUACGAGGUCAUAGAGUGGUUUUUUAUUUUUUAUUUUGUAUAUUUUUGCAGAAAGCACCCAUUGAUCCCUUCACUCGGGAAAAAUGUAGGCCCUCUGCUUCUCACGGUGUUCCACUGGGAGGGAUGGGGUAUGUUGUCCCGUUGCUAUUCCAUGUCAAAGGGGUUCGUUAAUUUUUUUUGUUUUUAAUGAGAUUCAAAUGGUCUAUUCUCAGAAGUGGCAGCAUAUCCAGAGGUUUCAGAGGUGAAUUUAAGCACUGGCAAAUUAUCCCAAACUCAUGCGAAGCAUCACCUCUCAUGACAAAUCAGUUCUCUGUAACUAUCUGCUCUUUUAGUCGUCUUUUAUUUAUUUUUUUCUAUCCAUGGAUCUCGUAUUUUACACAAACAUGCAGUAAACAGGAAAAAUCUGUAUGGUAUCUUUAGAUGUGAUUGGAUAUCUUCUGCCAACUUUAAAAACUGCAAUCCUAUUUUCAGAAGAGUUGGAAAUGAUUGUCUGGUCCGUUUUGUAGGUUAUCACCAAAAGAGGAAAAAUUAAAUUUUUUAUUUACCCCACGGUCAAGACAGUUGAUUACUGCUAGAUAUUGUUCAUUGAUGUACUAGUAUUAAGGAGAAUCAGAUGUGUAUGUAUAUCACUUGACAGUGGCUGCCAAAAGGAGGUAUCGGGAUGCAGGAUCUCAUAUGACAGAAAGAAAUGUUCAGUGGCUAUAUCAUCGAAUUUAGUGAUUGCAUGAAUAAGUGCUAAAUAUCCUUUCUGAGAAUAGAACUAAUAUAACUAAAGAAGAUGCCACAAAUAUUCAAACUGAACAUGAAAUUUCAAAUAUUUGUGUAUUUUUGUAUUCGUUAAUUCAUUAAUAUCCCAGUCUCAGUCUUGUGACUUGACCUUGUUACCCAUGUGCUAAUGCAGAUAUUUAUAAACAGGGACGGAGGACAAAAGAAAUUCUCUUCAGUUUUAUCCCCUGGGCACCAUGAAGGAUUGGGGUGUGCUAUUCUUCUAAUGAUGUCAUCUUUACUUUUGAUUACUCUGUCUUCUUUUUCUCGUUUUACUAGGAAUCACUAUAUAUUCUUUUUCUCUUAUAAUGUUUAAAUACGAGUUUUUUAUGGGAUAUUAGUCAAACACUUUUUUGGAGAUGAGAAGCUUUAAAAACUCUAUGGUCCAGUUUUGCUAUCUGAAAUAGAUUAGAACUGUCUAGGGUUGUCCAGCUCUGAAGGUUUGGAAUCCGAACCCGUAUGACAUGCAGAACCGGAUAGAUGUGAGACAACCAAUAGGAAUUCGUCUGCUUACACUAAUGAAAUCGGCCGUAUAUAUCCUAUUCCUUGACAUGCCAGCUAAUAGUUUUCGAAAACAUUAGUGUUUUUUAAAACCCAUUGAAAGGGACCUGUCCGAAUUUAAUAGGGUAAUAUAAAGGAUAAAAAUAGUAAUAAAACCUCGUUCGAGAAUCUCCUCCCUUCUUCCACUCCGUCCCGAAGAGUAACUAACACCAAUGCAGUCACGUUUUCAUGUUCCAAUUGAACAUUUUCCAUUUUUGAUUAUGAUCAAAGGAGAAGAUUAUUUACCAAACAUAUGCGGAUCAAAUCAGGAUCUUAUUUAAGGAGAAAUGACUAUAUUUUUGUGCUUUUCGGAUUGCCAAGUCCCCUUUAUUUGACGAUUGAAGAUAUGUGGCUAUGAACUCCGUGAGGGAAUACAGAGGUUUGAUUUUGGAGAAGAGAGACUAUUAUGACUUCUGCUUCGGUGAUUGAACGGGUGGGACAGACGUGGCACUUAAUAUAUGUAUUUAUUUAUUGUAUUUAUUCUUGUAUUAAAGGCUAGGAGUGUUGAUGAAAGUUAUCAUGACCUUGGCAUUGCCCGUGAAAAAUGUAUAUACCUUUAUUUGUGUUAAAGUAUUGGGUCAUCCAACUGAAAAUUGAUUUUCAGUGAGUGGAUAAAGGUAAUUUAUCGAACCAUAGAAUUUCUCUACAGAUGUGAAACCGUUAUACAUUUUGAUUGGAGAUUCCACAAGUACACCUCCGUUUUCCUCUUUUUUGUUUCUACGCUGUCUCUGUGGCGUAAAUUCUGCUCUUUUUUUUUUCACUUUUUUGGCUUCAGAAAAUCUCAAGAAGAUGACAUUUCAUCAUGGGGCUGGAACCUGAGUGGCCAGCAUUCUACAUAUCAUGCUUUGUUUCCAAGGGCCUGGACGGUUUACGAUGGUAUUGGUGAUAUUUCUCUUUUGUGUUUUAUUUGCGUUUGGGGAGCCUUUCAGGGUUACUUUCACAUUUAUGCAGCAACCUGAUGUUCAAAGGACCUCCGCUCUCCUUUUUAAUUUCAGGUGAACCAGACCCUGAACUCAAAAUUUCAUGUCGCCAGAUAUCACCAUUCAUUCCACACAACUAUCGAGAGAGUAGUCUUCCCACGUCGGUGUUUGUCUAUACGGUAUGCAUUUCCAUCUUGGUCAUGUUUUUUGCUCUUGUUGAUUUCUCUUCUAAUUUCAAUGUGUAUUUUUUUUGCUUUUGUUUAUUUAAAAUUAGAUUGUUUUUAAUAAGAGUAUCAUAUAGUAGAAUUGCAUUAUGGGCAUGCAAAGUUGCUCAAAUUAUUUCUGUUGGAGAGCGUUGGUGAGACAAGAGAUGAAACCACGACUACAGAGAGGACGAAUAUCCAACCUGCAAGGCUCAUGAACCACGUAAGAUAUUCGAUUAGAAGCUAACCAAGUGCAUGUUACCUGCUAAUAAAAGUGCGCCUUUUGGCAGCAUUAAAAAGGAUUUAUUCUUAUUUUUUAAUAAAAGUAAAGUACCAAGAUUCAGAGCUAUUGGCGUUACUGAAGUCUCAUUCCCUUGAUUUUUUCUAAUGAAAGAUUUUAUAUUUCCUGAACCUUGAUGACAACGGAUGUCAGUUUGGUAAUGUUAAUUGAGUGCAGCAAUGAUCUCGAAUUGAAAAUAUCUAACCUCGGAGAAACUACCUCUUUACAUGAUUUACCAUUAACGCAUUCGAGUGCUAUUAACUCAAAUACAUAAUAACCGUUAAUAAACUCAAGUGCUAUUCGCAUACAUCUUUUUCGUAAUUGUAACUUAUGACAUCGGGAGUAUAGAACAUUAGAGGAUAAAACGCUUCAAGCAACCUUCGGAGAUGAAGGUGUAAACAUUAUAUUAUAAUUUCAUUCUUUUCUUGUGGCGUAGCAUAUAUUUUCUGCGGGGUAGGGGAGGGAAGAAAGAGAGUUUUUUUUUUUUUCUGAGAAGGGCCCAAUGGAAAAAAGGCGCUGGUCUCUAUAGAUUUUAUUUAUUUUGACAGGCUAUCUUAUGUUGAAAGAAUGAAGGGUAACGUGUAGAGGGACAAUAAAUUUCUGUGUUUUCAAGUAGAAAUAGCAAUCCAGACACAAAAACGAGAACUAAAUUCUCGAAAAAUAGCCAGACUCCGGGAACAAAAUUGAAUUUAAAUCAUUUCAUAUUUUUUUAUUUUUGUUGAUCUAGAGUUUUCUUAUCUAUUAUGCGCGAUCUUACCUAUUCUCCAUUGAAACUUUAUAAUUAUACCUUUCCUUUUUAUCAACUGUAGUUAGUGAAUACUGGAAAAGAAAGGGCAAAAGUCAGCUUGCUUUUGACUUGGGCUGUAAGUCCUCUCAUUCUCCCCACCAUAAUUUUAGCCAAAUUCUGGCGGUAGAUCGAUCAGUAUUUUUUUAUAUUAUUGAUCAGAGCUUUGUUUUACAGAAUUCCAUUGGAGGAGUCUCGCACUUAUCAGGCAACCACUCCAAUGAACCAUUCAGGUGAGUAAGCACAAGGCCAACAUUUUCUUCAAAUGUAAAUAUUUAUUUUUAACUCCAAUGUUACCGAUUGAUGAUUGCAUGAGUUUUAUUCUUUGAUCUUUUGGCAGGGGAGAAGAUGGAGUUGCCGGCGUCCUUCUACAUCACAAGCAAGUCUUUGCUAGUCCUUGAUCUAUAUUUACGAUUUCAUUUGGGCCAUUCAAUGUGAUCAUGGAAACAUCAGCACAGUGACACUCAAGUCAGUGUCUUCCAAAUACACGUAGUCAGCUGCUUAUUCGUUUAUUUGUAAAUAUUUUUCAUCACACAGAAUGAUUUUCUUUAUGCCAUUGCGUCAUUCAUGAUCUUCGCUAUUUUUCUAUCUUUCCCAGUUUUUGGAAAAGGUUAUCUGAUACUUUUUAUUCCUGCUGCUGUGAAAUUGCGUGGAAAAAUUAUUCCUAAUUGGUGUGAAAAUGAUGCAGGACUGCAAAAGAUAAUCCGCCCGUCACGUUUGCUAUUGCCGCAUGCGAAACUCAAAAUGUCAGUGUGACAGUUUUGCCAUCUUUCGGACUAUCUAAGGAAAAUUGUAUCACAGCCAGGGACAUGUGGGCCACGAUGGUGGAGGUGAUAUUUCUAGAUGUCAACGAUUUGUUUUCUAUCAUUAUUCAGCCCUUUUGCUGCUUAUUUUUCUCUGUUUCUCUGAAAUUUGGAUCACGAGAAUAUGCUCAUGAUUCCUCCGUCUUGGUUUGUCUGCAUUAUAUGCCACUUUGUUCAUGAUAUUUUCCAGCAGCAGUAUGUGGUACCGGAUAUGUAUCGGUCCUUUUUCAGACGACUGUGAGCACUUUCAGACAGAUAUUAAUGGGAGAUAUAAUUUGACCUUUAACUGGAAGUCAAAUUAACAGAUGGAUUUUCCAACUACAUUUGUGUCUAGUAGAUGAGAAUUGUUUUCAUCAUCAUCUUAAUUAGUAGAAAUGGAAUUUUUUAUUUUUUCUCCAGAAAUAUUUUCUCUCAGGUGCAAAAAAGGAAGUAGCAUUGUCUAACAUUAAAUGUAUAAACCAAUCACUCUUUUUAAUUUUCUGGGACCUGUUAUUCAUUCCUGAACAAGUUCUUGUUUUCGUGAUGCUCGCUCCAUUGUGAUGGGAAUGAUCGUUUUGCGCGUCCACGCAUCCAGAAUGGGCAUUUCGAUCAAGACAAUUUUUCUGCCGGCCAUAGCAUGCCAUCCUCGCCCGGAGACACACUCUGUGCCGCAGUCUCAGCUUCUACCUGGGUCGAACCUCAUGGAAAAUGUACAGUUGCAUUUGCUCUGGCAUGGGCGUCCCCUAAAGUGAAGUUCAAGAAGGGAUGCACUUAUAACAGGUGAUUUUUUUUCUUCCAUCUGCAUUUUAUCCGUCGUUAUUUUUCUGAAACAUAUAUAUAUAUAUAUAUAUAUAUAUAUAUAUAUAUGUAUAUGCACUGUGCCUCGAUCCUCGGGUAAUGUUUUCCUGGAUGCUGCUAGACUAGUUUAGUAAGAGGAAUUUGUUGCCCCCGCACAGCUGGCACUCGUGUACCUAUCCUGCUUAGCUUCUGCUUCUUCAGGCCCACAUCUUUUAUAGGGAAAAACUAGAAUGGAGCUGCCAGACCUCACCACAGAUGCCGAUGUCACCUUGUUAGGAGCGACCUGAGUGCUAUUCCCAGUUAGCUUCUUUCUAUUGAGGUCUUACUGUUUAUAGAGCACGCAGAAGCAAUUCUUACCCCAUCUCUUACUCUGAAUCCGACGCCUCUCCAAUGGAUCCAGGAGGUACACGAAAUUUUAUGGGACCUCUAAGAACUCGGCGGCCGCCCUCGCACAUCAUGCUUUGAUGAGUACGUAUCCUUCCACUCGCAAUUGUUUCUUUCAGUAAGGAUCAAAACGGCAGCGAUGCUGUUCCUGAGAUGAUGGCUGCAGAUUAAUUUUAAUUUGUUUCCUGACCAAGAACAUUUGAUGCCAUCUAAAAUUCUCAGGUUAUAAAUGGUGGGAAGAAGAGAUCGAGAAAUGGCAGAAGCCCAUCCUCAGCGAUGAAAGGCUCCCGGAAUGGUAAAGUUUGGAACCUCCUCCCCGUAUUGGCCCACGCUUUAUAGAUUUUAAGGCUAGAAGCAUGAACAGAUGCAACAUCAGUGUAGAAACUGUGGUUUUCUCUCGGGGCUGGGCUCUUCCUGUGCUCCAUGUCAAUAUAAUUUUUUUUUCCAAUAACAACAGGUACAAAUUCACUUUGUUUAAUGAGCUCUAUUUUCUGGUCGCCGGAGGAACUCUUUGGACGGGUAACUACGACUUUGAUCCCGGCGUCAAAUUUGGCUGCUUUUUUCUCUCUCUGAAGGUAGAAAGAAGAGAGAGGCGAGUAGAAGGACUUCUGACAAGCAGCUUUGCUCCUUUCGUUCACUUGUCCGAUGCAGACGGAGAGUCUCCAUCCAGCGAUGAUAACCCACCGGAAGAGAAGCCGAGCUCCGGCAGCAAGCACAACCGCAAAUCCGCGAAAACCUCGAUAUCCUCCAAGAGCAGUAAGAGGGGAGUACCCGCGGAGUUGACCCCCGCCGCCGCCGCCGGCGUUGACCCAGAAGCUGCAGAGGAAAGCGUCGACUCAGACCUGAUGAACUCUUGGAGCUUCGCGAGGCCCACCGCCGAGGGCGACGACGUGGGGAGGUUCCUGUACCUGGAGGGCACGGAGUACGUGAUGUGGUGCACCUACGACGUUCACUUCUACGCCUCCUUCGCCCUCCUGGACCUCUUCCCGAAGAUCGAACUGAGCAUCCAGCGGGACUUCGCCCGCGCCGUGCUCUGCGAGGACCGGCGGCGGGUGAAGUUCCUCGCCGACGGCAACUCCGGCAUGCGCAAGGUCCGCGGUGCCGUCCCCCACGACCUGGGCAUGCACGACCCAUGGCACGAGAUGAACGCCUACAACAUCCACGACACCAGCCGCUGGAAGGACCUCAACCCCAAGUUCGUGUUGCAGGUCUACAGGGACUUCGCUGCCACUGGCGACGACACCUUCGGCAGGGAGGUGUGGCCGGCGGUCACCGCCGCCAUGGAUUACAUGGAUCAGUUCGACCGUGACGGCGACGGUCUCAUCGAGAACGACGGCUUCCCGGACCAGACCUACGACGCCUGGACGGUCCACGGCGUCAGCGCGUACUGCGGCUGCCUCUGGCUCGCCGCCCUGCAGGCGGCCGUGGCGAUGGCGCUCCGCCUCGGCGACCACCCCUUCGCCGACAAGUGCAGGAGCAAGCUCCUCAUGGCGAAGCCCAGCUUCGAGGAAAAGGUUUGGAACGGCUCCUACUUCAACUACGACAGCGGGUCGUACGGCAACAGCAGGUCCAUUCAGGCCGACCAGCUCGCCGGGCAGUGGUACACCGCCGCCGCCGGGCUGCCGCCGCUCUUCGACGAGGCCAAGAUCAGGAGCACGCUGCAGAAGAUCUUCGACUUCAACGUGAUGAAGGUGGGCGGCGGCCGCAUGGGCGCCGUCAACGGGAUGACCCCAAGCGGCAAGGUGGAUGAAUCCUGCAUGCAGUCGCGCGAGAUAUGGACCGGUGUCACCUACGGCGUCGCCGCCACCAUGCUCCACGCCGGCAUGCACCACCAGGCCUUCUCCACCGCCGAGGGCAUCUUCACCGCCGGCUGGUCUGAAGAAGGCUUCGGGUGCGCCUCCUCCCUAUAUUUUCCCCGAUUUAUUCAUUAAUUUCCCCGGCCGGUUCCUUUUUCUAGGGGAGAUGAUUGAGGAUAUUGUUGCUCCGACCUUCAUUCAUGCUCUUUUUCUUCUUCUUUUUUACGCUGUGAUGACGACGGCGAUGAUGAUGAUGAUGAUGACGAUGAUGACAUCGUGCAGGUACUGGUUCCAGACGCCGGAGGCGUGGACGGUGGACGGUCACUACCGGUCUCUGAUUUACAUGCGGCCGCUGGCGAUCUGGGGGAUGCAAUGGGCGUUGACUCCGAGCCGGGCCAUCCUCGAGGCCCCGAAGACCAACAUGAUGGACAGGAUUUACACCUCCCCCGCUGACCUCCGCGCCAAGAACGAGGCCAGCGUGAGGAAGAUCGGCGGCAGCAGGAGCACCUGCUGCGGCCACUCCGUCUUCCACUGUGAAUGUUAG